UUGAUAGGCGGAGGGACACGUCAGUUUGAGGGGGCGUGGCCUGUACGGCCAGUAUCCUAUAUAUAGGGGCGCGCUGCGUUAUUGCGCGCAUUACAGCAGCCGCAGAGUAAUACGUUAUUUGGAGCUGUUGAGCAGCAGCGUUUGGGGCCGACGAUAUCAAGAUGCAGAUCUUUGUGAAGACCCUGACUGGCAAGACCAUCACUCUCGAGGUGGAGCCCAGUGACACCAUCGAGAACGUGAAGGCCAAGAUCCAGGACAAGGAAGGCAUUCCUCCCGAUCAGCAGAGGCUGAUCUUUGCCGGCAAGCAGCUGGAAGACGGGCGCACCCUGUCUGACUACAACAUCCAGAAGGAAUCCACCCUCCAUCUUGUCCUGCGCCUGCGUGGUGGCAUGCAGAUCUUUGUGAAGACCCUGACAGGCAAGACUAUCACCCUUGAGGUGGAGCCCAGUGACACCAUUGAGAAUGUGAAGGCCAAGAUCCAGGACAAGGAGGGGAUCCCCCCUGACCAGCAGAGGCUGAUCUUUGCCGGCAAGCAGCUGGAGGAUGGACGCACCUUGUCUGAUUACAACAUCCAGAAGGAAUCCACCCUCCACCUUGUCCUGCGCCUGCGUGGUGGCAUGCAAAUCUUCGUGAAGACCCUGACAGGCAAGACCAUCACCCUUGAGGUGGAACCCAGUGACACCAUCGAGAAUGUGAAGGCCAAGAUCCAGGACAAGGAGGGGAUCCCCCCUGACCAGCAGAGGCUGAUCUUUGCUGGGAAGCAGCUGGAAGAUGGGCGCACCCUCUCCGAUUACAACAUCCAGAAGGAAUCCACCCUCCACCUUGUCCUCCGCCUGCGUGGUGGCAUGCAGAUCUUUGUGAAGACCCUGACUGGCAAGACCAUCACUCUUGAGGUGGAACCCAGUGACACCAUCGAGAAUGUGAAGGCCAAGAUCCAGGACAAGGAGGGGAUCCCUCCUGACCAGCAGAGGUUGAUCUUUGCCGGCAAGCAGCUGGAAGACGGGCGCACCCUGUCUGACUACAACAUCCAGAAGGAAUCCACCCUCCAUCUUGUCCUGCGCCUGCGUGGUGGCAUGCAAAUCUUCGUGAAGACCCUGACUGGCAAGACCAUCACUCUUGAGGUGGAACCCAGUGACACCAUCGAGAAUGUGAAGGCCAAGAUCCAGGACAAGGAAGGCAUUCCUCCCGAUCAGCAGAGGCUGAUCUUUGCCGGCAAGCAACUGGAAGAUGGACGCACCCUGUCUGACUACAACAUCCAGAAGGAAUCCACCCUUCACCUUGUCCUGCGCCUGCGUGGUGGCAUGCAGAUCUUUGUGAAGACCCUGACAGGCAAGACCAUCACCCUUGAGGUGGAACCCAGUGACACCAUCGAGAAUGUGAAGGCCAAGAUCCAGGACAAGGAGGGGAUCCCCCCUGACCAGCAGAGGCUGAUCUUUGCCGGGAAGCAGCUGGAAGAUGGGCGCACCCUCUCCGAUUACAACAUCCAGAAGGAAUCCACCCUCCACCUUGUCCUGCGCCUGCGUGGUGGCUGUUAAAGUUGUUGCGCAUCUUGCUUGACAAGAUUGCUGUCACCACAUGUGUUUGCACUGUAGUUCUUUCAUGUCUUAAAUUAAAUGCAAAGUUAACUCAAGCUUAAGUACCUGCUGAAAAACUGUUUGUGAAAUGCUAAUAAAGUUUUCCGUUGCACAUCA